AGCAACGAUACUUCCUCUCACUCUCCUUCCUUAUCCCAUGAAACUCGCGCCUUCUCUCUCUAUAAAUACCCCUUUCUUCACUCUUAUCUUCCACUCAAUCAAACCAAUUCAUUUUCACAUUCUCUCUCUCUAGAAAAAAUUAACUGUUUGAGGUCAGUUUCAUCAUCCAUGGCUAACAUCGACGAAUUUUCAAAGCUUCAGUUCAUUAAACAACAUCUUCUUGGUGACCUUUCUUCUCCUUUGAGUAACUUCCCUUUUGGUGAUUGUUCAACUUCUUCAUCUGAAUCUCUGAUCCAAGUCUCCGAUUACUUGGGCUCUGAUUUCUCUGGGUUUGAAUCGAAACCUGAAGUGGUCGAUCUCACAACCCCUAAAAUUUUAAAUAUGAGUAAUGAUAAUAAUAAUAACAAUAGUAAUAAUAAUUCGUUUGAAUUCGAAUCGAAGCCUCGAGUUUUUGAUCUCAAACGUUCAAACUCUGAAGCGAGCUGCAAUUCAUUUGAAUUCGAUUCGAAACCCCAAAUUUCUAAUCCUAAAUCGACCGAUUCGAGCUCUCCCUCGAGCCGAAAAAGGUCGUUGAAGAUUUCGCUCCCGGCCAAGACCCCAGCGCAAUGGAUCCAAUUCGGGGCUCCGAAGCCAGCCGUUCAGGUUCAGAAACCGGCCGUGGUUCAUGAGGAGAAGAAGCAUUAUCGAGGUGUCCGACAAAGGCCAUGGGGCAAGUUCGCAGCCGAGAUCCGUGACCCGAACCGAAAAGGCUCCAGGGUUUGGCUGGGUACAUUUGAAACCGCUAUUGAAGCCGCUAAAGCCUAUGACAGAGCCGCCUUUAAGCUGCGUGGCUCGAAAGCCAUACUCAAUUUUCCAUUGGAAGCUGGGAAGUGUGACGAGAAAGAGGAGAAUGUUACCGUUAAGGUUAUUGAGAUGAAACGACGCCGUCAAGAAGAGGAAGAAACAGAAGCGAAACCAGUUGUGAUAGAGAAGAAGAUAAAGUUCACAGAAGCGGAGGAUAACUCUCUCAGUUACUUGAGGGAUAUUCCGUUAACGCCGUCAAAUUGGACGGCUUGGGACUCUGACCUUAAAGGGGUUUUCAGUGUUCCGCCUUUGUCUCCGUUAUCUCCACAUCCGUCGCUCGGAUUUCCUCAACUCAUGGUUGUAUAAUAUAAAAUAAAUAAUUUUUUCCAACUUUCGUAAAUGUAAAUAUUGCAUCAAAUUUUUUUAUUUUAUUUUACAAAUGGGAAGAGUUUCUCUUUUAUUUAUUUAA